ACCUUUAAGUGACCUACUUGACGACCAAGGCAUCAACCCAUCACACCCACCGCGUGUGACACUACUACUACUACUACAAGGGCCUUCCCCUAGAGGUUUCACCUGUUUGGUUCACGCAUUCAGAGCAACCUGCAACACAGCAGCGGCGACAACCACGACGACAAGCUACAAGCAAGCAGCAUUCCAGCACUGUGUAUCACAAACGCACAAGGCUGGGUCGCCGCUCACAACACAUCUUUGCCCCCAAGCCGCCCAUUGUUAACGUAACCCCAUCGUCCCAGCAACUAGUUUGAUCCAACAACCAACCCAUCCAUCAUCGAUCACAACGACUCCUCUCUUCUCCCGCCCCUGCCAACCCACCCCACCCACCACACCUGCCGCCGCCGCCGCACCUUGCCGCCCGCGAAUCCAAUCCAUCACAAACCUCUCGUUCCAUCUCUCCCACACAACUUGACAACUACGAUUCACAGCGCAUACUCCUACACGUCGACGACGCUUGAUACUCGCAACUAGCACCCACAGCAACAAGCAUCUCAGCCCACCAGCACCCGCACCCGCACCCGCAGCAACGACGCCGCCCGACUCGACGCACCCCGACACCCUCCCCUCCUCUCCCGGCCCCGCCGCCCACGCCCCGCCCGCGGCUGCCGGCGCGAUCGCGUGCACCAGUCUCCCACCUGCAUGACUGUCCACGCCGCGCAUCCUCCGGCCAUGUCGCUCGGAACGCACCCCCCCUCGCCGCCGUCGCCCACCAUUGCGCGGCACCACGACCCGCGGCACCUCGUGCACGGGCACAGCAUGCUCGCGCCUACCCCGCCGUCCCGCGAGCACUCGUUUGGCUCGUUUGCCCUCGGGCGCCGCUCGAGUCAUACCCCCGCCGCCGCCGCGCCUCCUGCGCCAGUGCCAGCCUCAGCGCCCAUGGCCCAGUCGCUCUCGUACGCGGGCCACCAGCCAGAGCUCGCAGCGUCCCCGAAAUCAGGCUUCCUCGGCGGAUCGGUCGACCGCAGCGCUAGCCUCCCCCCAGUGAGGAGGCAGGGCAGCCACGGCGACCGCGCGAGCUCGACCGCCGCGUCGUCGGCGUCGGGGUCCAAGAGCUCGAGCUUCAUCGGCACGCCUAGACUCCUCUCUCGCCGCGGCUCGCAGCGCGACAAGGCCGCCGCUCCCGUCGUCGUCCCCGCCUCCGCUGUCCGCUCAAACUCGGUCAAGGGCAAGACGCUUGACGACGGCGCGGCGACCAACGGCGGCCGAUCGCCGUCGUCAGAAACAGAAGUGAUCGAGACCCCGCAGCUCAGGAUGGACCGCGACCCCGAGACGGGGCGCAAGAUGAUCAACCAGUACCUGGUGGGUGUCGACCAAAAUCUGCAGAGCGAGAGCGCCGAGCGCGUCGAGCAACGGCUGACACACUGGGCACAGGUGCUUCAGGAGAUUGGGUCUGGCACGCACGGUCGCGUCCGCCUUGGUCGUGAUGUCUUUGAAGCGGGCGAUGCCGACAUUGACCCAGCAUCACCCUCUGGGCCCGGUCUCUAUGCGAUCAAAAUCGUCGACCGCAACCCACGACAGAAACGACUAAACGCCCUGGGCCGUAACCGUGGAGCAGGGCGCACUGAUGGGGGCAAGCUCGUUGCCGAGAAUGAGAUCCGCAAGGAGCUCGCAAUCUUCAAGAAGGUCCACCACCCCAACGUUGUGCGCAUGAAGGAGAUAAUCGACGACCCCGAGUCGAGCAAGAUCUUCAUGGUGCUCGAGUACUGCGACGGUGGCGAGAUUGUCUGGAAGCUACCGAGUGGCGGACCUGCCUUGACGGUUGCCCAAACCCGCAACAUCUUUCGGGAUACGUUGCUCGGUUUGGAGUACCUACACCACCAGGGCAUUAUUCAUCGAGACAUCAAGCCUAGCAACCUUCUCUAUUCCGGCGGCAAGGUCAAGAUCUCCGAUUUUGGUUGCUCCCACUUCUCGGAGGCGCUACUUGCGGCCGCCGCUGGUGGCGAGGAGUCGUAUGUCAAUGACGUCGAGUUGGCGAAGACUGCAGGCAGUCCAGCCUUCUUCGCGCCAGAAAUGUGCUACUCUGAAGUCCAGGACAAGCAAGAGCCCCAGGAGACGGUGCCGACGUUUACGAUCCGGCCACCAUCGACGCUUGUCGACGACCAUGGCGAGAGGAGAGUCUCCACCGAGGCUGUUCCAUACUCGCCUGGGCGCGGCUUGCCAAAGCCGCUCGUCACUGCCGAUCCUCAGCGCGGGGCAGUGUCGAGGUCACAGUCGGCUGCGACGAUUCCCACCAAGCCACGGCACCCCAUCACCAACGCUAUUGAUGUGUGGGCAUUGGGCGUCACGCUCUACUGCUUGCUCUUUGGAAAGACGCCCUUCGACGCGCCAAACGAGUACCUCCUGAUGCAGGUCAUCCCGACCGCGCAGUACGAUGUUCCAUCGACGAUGGGAAGCGAUCACCUGCGGACAAGCGGCCCCGCCGAGCCCCAGGAGGCCAAGGAAGCGCUCGACUUGCUGUCCCGUCUGUUGGAGAAGGAUGCCACGAAGCGCAUCACUCUCGACCAGGCCAGGCACCACCCAUUCACCCUGCGCGGCUUGUCCGAUGCCUCGGCCUGGCUUGCCAGCACCGACCUCCGGAACCAGUCGUUUGUGACAGUCACCAAUGACGAGGUCGCCGCAGCGGUUACCCGCGGAAGUAGCUUCCGCGAACGCCUCAAGCGCAGCAUGAAGUCGCUCUCGAACCGAUUCGGCUUCCUACACGGAAGGAACAGGAGCGGAAGCGUUGCCGAUACUGGGAGCGAUAAGGGCGAUCAUUCUGGAACAGAAACGGGUGGUCGCCGCGUCGCAUCCGGAAACGACGCCGUCGGGGCUGCCGGCUCGGACGGCGCCUCAGCCCCCGCACCUAGCGCUCUGGCCCGGAGACUCUCGCUGUUGUCGCGCGAUCGGUCGCGUGCCGAAUCACCGCGUCCAAGCGUGUCCCAUGCACUUCCCGCCCAUGUGGACACAAGCCCCCCGCACGGGCCGUACGAUGGCGGCCGCCACCUCGUACCUCCGACCGGCACUUCGUCAGCCGAAGCGACGCCACGCCAGAUGCCUUCCAUGUCGUCGCUGGACAAGUUCAAGCUGGAAGCGUCGUCGUCGUCGUCGCCCCCAGGCAUGGUGCGUCGCCCGUCGCUGGACAUUGUUGAGCCACGUCCCCGCUCAGGGUCGAAUGCGUCGUCGUCUGCUGGCUCGUUGCUUGGUGCCUUCCAGCGCAACAUUUUCGGCCGCGACGGCCUCAACAGAUCGUCUCGGAGCAUUAGAAGCAACAAUGGUCGCCACAAGGCUGGCUCGGCGGAGGACGACGACGGUGCCGUGGCGCUUGGCACUUCGGUCGGCUCUCAGCCGUCGGCGUUUGGCGUCGGGUCGGAGAUCCUCCGCGGGCACAGCUACGAUGACUUCCCCCGUCGGCAGAGCCUCGAGACGUUUGAGAGUGGGUCGCCGUCGUCGAGAAACCUCGCGCCGAGCCCCGACCGCUUUGGUAGCGGUUACGAGCCGCGAUUCCGUGGAGCAGAGGUCAGCAAUGGCUACAGCUUGCGGCGUGGCUCGACCCUCAGCGAGGACAUUCGCCCCGUCAUGGAGGACGAGGAGGUCGACUUUGACGGCGAUAUGCCCGACUCUGAUGACGAGCACUGCUCCGAGGACGAGUACGACUUGCCACUUGCGAGGGACAGUUUCGGCAGGAAAAUAGGUGGAAGCCACCCAAGCAGCUUCCAGGCGAUCCCUACCUCCACCGCCGACCGCAACCUGUCGCACUCGGCUUCGGACCUUGCCAACCGUGCCCGCUCGCCGUCCGACUCGAUCCUGCAGCGCGUGUCGCCUCCCAACUCGCGCGAGAUGCCGGCAAUCUUUGCGCCGGCCUACGGGCAUGUGCUGUCCGACUCUGCCGCCCCGCCGCCGCCGCGAGCUCCCCAGCCACAGUCGCAGGCGCAGUCUCUCCUCCGCUCCGGGGGUGGCGUCGAUGUUGGCCGACUCCCAGCCGCAUCGAGCAGCCCACAUGGAAGCCCGAAACGCGUCCCGCCGUCGGCGUACCGCGCCAAGUCGCCCCUCGGCGUCAUUCCCCCGGCGCGCUCGCACUCGUCUCCGCCACCUACGACGACGCCCAACACUGUUUACCUUGACAACUCUGCCGACUCGUCGCCGACCCCGACGCCUGCUGGGUCUGCUGUUCCCCUAGCGCACCCCACCCCGGCCCCGGCCGCGGCUUCCCUCUCGCCGUCGGCACCCGACCGCUUUGCCGACGCCGAGGAAGACGACGAUGACGGCCUCGUGCUGGGCCCUCGCCGUGGACGCAAGGGCAGUGUUCUGAGCCGCAAGUCGAGCGUCAUGAGCCGCAGCCCGCACUAGGAUCAUCCCUAUCUAUCCACACCACCACCACUACACCACCACCACCGCCACCACUAUCAUCACGCCCACACGGCAUACACUGUACUUUUCGCACGGUUUAGACAUAGACGCAUUGUGAACACACAAAAAUAUCACGCCAUUGGUCCUGCUACCUCAUCUUACCGCAUCCAUAGGCCCACGGGCGAUGUACAAGUACAUGUUGA